GGGAGAAAGCCGAGGGGCUGUUUAAGUUGCAGACAGGUAGCUCCACGGGCGUGAUAUUCUGGUACAGGGAAGAUGUGGUCAGAUCUGUAUUCCUACUUCCCAGCCGUCUCUUUUGAAGACGACGUGGAGGCGAUCCUGGCCGAUUUUCGGGAGAACGGCCGGGAGAGUGAGUUCUGCCCGGAGCUGGAGAUCAGCAGCGUGCGUCUGCUGAGUCGGCCGCUGCUGGAGGCGCGCCGUAAGGCCAAGAAGGCCCUCCCAGAGCUGUGCGUCUUCUGCAAAAACAACGGCGAGACGGCCCAGUUCUAUUCGAAUCACAUCCUCAAGGACCAGCAUGGCACAGUACGCUGCCCAGUUCUCCGCGCCUACACCUGCCCCACGUGCGGAGCUCGCGGCGACAACGCGCACACCAUCAAGUACUGCCCGCUGAGACCUGUCUGCAAGCCGACCAUGCCGCGCAUGAUCCGCAAAACGGUUCACUACUGAAGGCAGCCAGCUGCGCCGCGUACUGGAGAAAUUUGCAACUGUAGUUUAGUGGGAGCUCAGCUGGGGAUCGCAGCCUGCCGCUAACUGCGCGGAAACCUGGCGUCGACCUACCAGGCCGUAUUCGUUUUACGUUUAUUUGUGAUGUCUUACGCACCAGGUGUGCGCUACAGUUUGUACCAUGUUUUUUGUUCGUUUUAUGAUGCGCAAUCGGUUGUGGGCGAGAUUGGUUUUACGGGACGGUUUGAGCUGCAGAUUUACUCGCGUCAUGAUCGUAGCAAAUGCUUCUCGUUUUAUGGACCACGUCUCACUUAUACAAGUGUUUGCUCAUCUGUCGGCGUUACGAAAUUCACGAAAUAAAUUAUUGCUUCAGUUGGGUUUUGCAGUAGGAUGUAAAGACGACUUGGAUAAACGUGAUGCAGCGAUUAUUCACAGGAGGGCCAGAUUCUCGCGCGCCGGUCUACUGCUCAAUGUGUCCGCCAACUGCGGUCUGAAGCCUUAUCCAAUAGCGCAUAGGUCUCUAAAUGUACUGUUUAUGCGGUUCGUCAAUAUCUGGUGCCCAUUGUUUCGCUUGUCACGUGCCAGCCACAGAUUGCGCUUGCCCGAGUCGUGCUGCCAUUAAGGCCAGGACAGUCCGGCGGAGUGAUUCAAACCUAUAGCAAGCUCGUGAAGGCUUGUCCGCUUGGCCAGAUGGUUGAUAUGGCCUUUUUUCCAUGCACUGGCUGUGAAGGGGCGAAUUCGUGUUUUAAAAAUAUUUUCUCGAUGAGUCUGACUAUGCUGCACAUUUUGACAUCCGGGUUUCAGGAAAUCUAGGGAGAACAUUCGGAGCAGCAGGCUGCCUUAGGGCCAGGCUGAUUGCGGGCUGUGGCAAGCCGCGCUUGUCCGUCCCGGCCCGAGGUAAG